CAGCCAAGAAUUAUUCCUUGGCCAAGAAACUUAUAAAUGGAUAUUCAACAAUACGUGUAAGAAAAAAUAUUUUAAGCUAAUGUCUAUCUGAUCCACGUUACUUAUACCUGUUUCUGAUCUUUGAUUCAGAAGAACUAAUAAACGAUCAGUCAAAUGAUGAUGAUAGCGAUCCAGAUGACAAAAAGAAAAAAAAGAAACCAGUCGACACGUUUAAUAGCGUUGAUAACAAUUCGAAACCUCAACGCGACACAUCGACAGCUUUUGCUUCCAAGGUUCAGCUAACGCCAAGAUCACAAGUGACAAAAAGAAAAUUUGGACGUGAACUAAACAAUUUGGAAGAUGCUUUAUCAUUACAUGAAAAAGUGGCGGGAAAACGAAAUUGUACAAAAAUAAUGUGA